AUGGCGACCGACACGCAGAACGGCGCGCGCCAAACAAAGGACGAAAAGCAACUGGAGCAAGCCAGGAAACUGAAGAAGAUCCCCUGGUGCGAGCAAUACGAGCGCAUGAUCUCUGGCAUGCUAUAUGACUCUCUCGUCCCCGAGCUCGCAAAAGCCCGCUUCCAAUCCCGCGCCUGGUGCCACCGCUACAACACCUACUUCCCCUCCCCAGACGACCCCGCCGUCAACGACUUCGACUCCCUCCAGAAGCUCCGCGCAACCUGGCUCCGCUCGUUCAUGGGCUCAGUCAAAGACGACGAAGUCUUCAUUGAACCGCCCUUCUUCGCCGACUACGGCUGCAACAUCAUGCUGGGCGAGCGGUUCUACGCCAACUUCAACCUAACCAUCAUCGACGAUGCGCUCGUCACCAUCGGGGAUCGGGUGAUGUUUGGCCCGAAUGUCUCGAUUCUGGCCGCGACGCAUGAGACCGGCAUCCAGAGUCGACGGGAUAAUAUUGAGUAUGCUAAACCGAUUACGAUCGGGGAUGAUUGUUGGCUUGGGGCGAAUGUGGUCGUUCUUCCUGGCGUGGAGAUCGGGAGGGGAUGUACCAUUGGGGCUGGGUCUGUUGUUACGAGGAGUAUCCCGGAGUUUAGUGUUGCUGUGGGGAGUCCGGCGAGGGUUAUCAAGAAGGUGACGCCUCUGGAGUAG